UAUGUAUAUCUUUCCUUCUCUUCACGUCCAUUUCCCAUUCUCGUUGCCCUUCUUUCUCUUUCUUUCUAUCUUUACAAAGACUUAACAUUAUAUAGUAAAGUGUGCAUUGGAGAGACUGAACUAUAUCAUUAAGAUUCAAAAAAUUUGAGAAAAAGAAAAAAGUAGAGAAAUGGCAGCUGAUAAGGUGGUUGAGACUGUGAUUGUAGGUAAUUAUGUGGAGAUGGAAACUGAAGGUCAGCCUAAGGACAUGAAAGCUAAGCUUUCCAAGUUCUUGUGGCAUGGUGGUUCUGUUUAUGAUGCUUGGUUUAGCUGUGCUUCUAAUCAGGUGGCUCAAGUGUUGCUUACUUUGCCAUACUCAUUUUCCCAGCUUGGAAUGUUAUCUGGGAUAAUGUUUCAGCUGUUUUAUGGAGUGUUGGGUAGCUGGACUGCUUAUCUUAUUAGCAUUCUUUAUGUUGAAUACAGAACUAGAAAAGAAAGAGAAAAAGUUGAUUUCAGGAACCAUGUCAUCCAGUGGUUCGAAGUUCUUGAUGGGCUCCUUGGAAAACAUUGGAGAAAUGUGGGUUUGGCAUUUAACUGCACUUUCCUUCUGUUUGGUUCUGUCAUUCAACUCAUAGCUUGUGCAAGCAACAUAUAUUACAUAAAUGAUAAUCUGGACAAGAGGACAUGGACAUACAUAUUCGGAGCUUGUUGUGCAACUACAGUGUUUAUUCCUUCAUUUCACAAUUACAGAAUCUGGUCAUUUCUUGGCCUUGUUAUGACUACUUACACUGCUUGGUAUCUCACCGUUGCUUCUCUCCUCCAUGGCCAGAUGGAGGGAGUCAAGCAUUCGGGUCCAACAAAAAUGGUGCUUUACUUCACUGGGGCCACAAACAUUCUCUACACAUUUGGGGGACAUGCUGUUACAGUGGAAAUCAUGCAUGCAAUGUGGAAGCCUCAGAAAUUCAAGGCCAUAUACUUAGCAGCUACAGUGUAUGUUCUGACACUGACACUUCCCUCAGCAGCAGCAGUAUAUUGGGCAUUUGGAGACAUGCUUCUUAAUCACUCCAAUGCUUUUUCCCUCCUCCCAAGAUCUCCCUUCAGAGACAUGGCUGUCAUUUUGAUGCUAAUCCACCAGUUUAUAACAUUUGGAUUUGCAUGCACGCCAUUGUACUUCGUAUGGGAGAAAGCAAUAGGGAUGCAUGAGUGCAAGAGCCUAUGCAAAAGGGCAGCAGCAAGAUUACCUGUGGUCGUUCCUAUCUGGUUUCUAGCAAUCAUCUUUCCAUUCUUUGGACCCAUCAACUCCACCGUUGGAUCACUUUUGGUUAGCUUUACAGUCUACAUCAUCCCUGCCCUGGCCCACAUCUUCACCUUCAAAUCAGCAGCUGCAAGAGAGAAUGCAGUGGAGCAGCCACCCAAGUAUUUCGGAAGAUGGGUGGGAGCGUACGUGAUAAAUGUGUUUGUAGUGGUGUGGGUGCUAAUUGUUGGAUUUGGAUUUGGUGGAUGGGCAAGCAUGACAAACUUCAUUCACCAAAUUGAUACAUUUGGGCUGUUUACAAAAUGCUACCAAUGCCCACCGCCAGUAAUGCCACCACCGCUGCCACACCUGAAUGCCACCGCGGCGGCUCCUUCUCCUCUCCACCACCUCAACAACCACACCAUUCACCACCCAUGAUUUUGGACACAAGAAAGAUUGCUAACUUACGGCCUUAAGAAACCACAAUCAUUAAUUUGGAAUCGCACUUUGUCUUUGUUAGACCAUGGACAGAAAAUGACAAAAGAAAAUCCUGCACUGUCUUUGGCUAGGGAUGACAUUGUUAUGCACCCAAUACACAUACAUAUUCCACCUUUUUUGUUUUUGGUUAUCUUUCCUCUGUCUUUUAUUCAGCUUAGAGAGUUCUAAGAAUGGCAUUAUAAAAGGGGGGUAAAAAAGAAGAAGAAGAAUGUAUGGAAUAUUUGAAUAUUUGUACUUUUAGCUAUGAGAUCAAGAUGCUUAAUUAGCUAUUCUCGACAUAAGUAAGCUAAUGUAAUGUCAUGGGUUUGUUAGCCA